AUGAGUUCUGAAAUGCAUGAUCAAAUCAAAGAUAAGUUUUUGGAGGUCUUUUCCAAGCGUUCCGACUUGAAUUAAACCAAGCCUUUGGAUGCUGUCCUCCUCCUAUCCAUCUUAGCCCUUUGGCCAUUGAUUGAAUCCACCGAUAAUCAAGAAUAUCAUAUGAGUCUCAGAAUCAUUCUAGUCUUCGUUGUAGCAAACAUCAUCAGAAAUACGAAACCAGACAGCAGAAGCCAUCCUAAGAUUUUAGUUUAUUUGGGAAUCAGCCUCCAAUUAUUCAGCAAUCUAAUUUUUGUGUAUUAAGAACAAAGCAACUAGCACUGUCAAAAUUACCUUAUCACUAUUGCUUUCCUGAUACUAAUUUCAUCUAGAUUUGAACUACAUCAUAUUCGUGAAAUUACUUACUCAAUAUCUAUGAUAUCCUUAAUUACCUAGAUUUAUUUACAAAAUCAAGUGUUCUCAAUAAUCAAGUAUUUUGUUAUUGCUGUGAUUGCAAUUGAAGGAAUUCAAUGGAGAACUCAAUUUUUAAAGAGGGAUUACAAUAGCAAGAUGGCUGAUUUCACCAAAGAAUUGGAUCAAAUGAAGGAGUAUUACAAUGAAUAAAUUAUGAAAUUGUAAGAUUAUUAGGAGAGUGAAGCAUAACAACAAUUAUCAUCCAGAGCAAAUGAUUUGUUAAAAAAGUUAAGAUUAAUCAAAUAUCAACAACUAUUAAUGAAAAAUAAUACUUUUUAAAAAGGAAUUCGCAAACCAAAAAAAAUGAAUUCAGAAAUUCAUUAAAAUGCAUUCUCACUUAAAUAAUUGCCUGAAGAUAAUGUACCGGAUGAAUAGAGUUCAAUUUAAUAAGACAUCUCUAACCAUCAUUUCUAGAGUAUAUAAAAUGAUAAUCAGCCUCCACAGUUUAGAAGAAAAUCGCAAAGACUGAUGACGAGUGCGACUGAUUAAAAUUGCAGAAUCAACGAGAGUUCUAAUAGUCCAUCCUUCUCGGAGAAGAAUAUCGAGGAAAUGAAAAUAACCACUGAAGAUAUAGAUGAUCUAUUGAACUUACUCUCGGGGAAGAAAGAGUCCAUUUGGCUUCCUAAAUUUCUAAGGAGCAAUUAAUUAAUCAACGAAUAGGAAGGAUUCAGCGUGGAUGCUAAAUAAUUCUUAUUAUCUCAUUUCACAUAGAAGCAACCCUCGUUUGAAUACAUAUAGGACAUCCAGGACCAUGUUCAGGAGGAAGAGUUGGAGAGAAUAGAUUUUAAUGCAGACUUUCUUCAUUUUUAUAGGAACAAAUCUUAGGACAACAAUUAGACGAGAAUCUUUUUUGAAAAUACUAUCACAUUUUUUAAGAGAUUCAAGAUUGCACAAACUUUUAAGAUCACUAAACCUGAAUUGAUUAGAGAAUUCGCUUUAAAAGUCGACAUGUCUUAUCAUAACAAUCUAUAUCACAAUUCUAUGCAUGCAUUAGACGUAACAAAUUCAACUGGAUUCUUUUUGGAGAAUGGUGUAAAUGAAAUGCUGGAUGAAUUUGAAUAGGCUUGUUUGAUAAUUUCAUCUUUGGUACAUGAUAUUGGACAUCCAGGUCUGAAUAAUGGAUUUAUGAUGAGCAAUAGGUGUAAAUUAGCUAUGUUGUAUAAUGAUUAGAGUGUGCUUGAAAAUUAUCAUUCUUUUUUAUUGUUUCAAAUUCUCUCCCAAGAUCAAUUCAACAUCAUCCAGAAUUUGGGAUAGGUAGAGCAGAAAGGAUUCAGAAAGUACUGUCUUAAUCUAAUCUUGGACACUGACCUCACAAAGCAUUUCCAAUUGAUGAAUAGGUUCUAAAAUUACUUAGAAUUGACAGAAUCGACAGAAAUGGAUAAAAAUCUGUUGAUGUCUAUUUGUAUUAAAUGUGCAGAUGUUGGUCAUGGAGCCAAGAAAUUAUAAAUACAUAAACUAUGGAGUCGUAGAAUUAUUGAGGAGUUCUUUUUGCAAGGAGAUUUGGAAUCAUAUUUGAAAGUGCCUGUGUCUCCCAUGUGCGACAGAAAGUAGUGUGUUACCAAGUCUCAGGAGGGAUUUCUAAAAGCUAUUGUCUUGCCAAUGUUCAAUGCAUUUGUUACUUUAUUGCAGAAUGAAAAGGUGGCACAAGUUUGUUUGGAGUAAAUUCACGAGAACUUGAAGUAUUGGUAGGAACAAAUUGAUGAUGUACAAUUUAUGAAAGAGACUCAGAUAGAUAUUCCAGGACUUGAAAAUUUGAAGAAAUUUUUGAAUUCGCCAUUAUAAUUAUGUGUUUGAAAUCGAUUAAAAAAACGAA